AUGGCAGCAACCUCCAACGUUUGUGUGAGCUUGAAGCUCCUAAUAGACACUAAGAGCCACAAAAUUUUGUUUGCUGAAGUGAGCAAAGAAGUUGUUGAUUUUUUCUUCUCUUUGCUGUCUUUUCAUGUUGGCACCGUCAUUAGGCUCCUCUCUGGGGAUGGCAUGGUUGGUUGCUUAGGCAAGCUCUACGCAAGCCUUGAAAAUCUUAGCUACACAUACUUGCAACCUAAUCUCAACAAGAACACCCUGCUCAGGCCCAAGUCAGCUGUUGCUGGAGCUAAUAUCUUCCAUUUGCCCAAGUCAGCUGUUGCGAAGGAUGUUGAAGCCCUUGAAGAGAGGGUGGUUCAGCUUGGCCUGCAAGAGGGUUUGAAAUUGCUCAAGGCAUCUUUAGAGUCAAAAACAGUCCUCACUGAUGUGUUCCUUGGGAUGAAGUCGGCGGCAUGA